GUGCCGCUGGCGGGCUGAACUUUGCCGGCCUCAGGAGCGGCGUGCGGAGCUGCGGGCCGGGCACGGGGCGGGGACGGGGCCGGCAGCGGGGUCGCGGCCUGCGGGCCCGGUGCGCUGCGUUGUGUUGUGGGGGCAGAGGGGACCCGAGUGGUUUCUGAUUCCCGCGUCAGCCUCCGCAGCAAACAGAUCGUUCCUGGAAAAGAUGCUUUGUGUCAGUCUUACAGUGAGAUAACAAAACGAUUGUACCCGGUCGAAAUAGAUACUCUUAUUACUUUUUUCAAUAAAAUCGGUAUGAUUUCUGAGGACAAAAUGGUCAGUUUUGAAUAAAAAUGCUGUUGAGUAUGUAGGAUUUGAUUAUUAACAAGGCAGCAUGGAACAGUGCUGUUACUGGUUUGUGCAUGUGCUCUUCGAGUUUCAGGGUUAAAUGGUGGGGUCUGCCUGUGGGGAGAGUGUGCAAGUUUAGGACCUGAGCAUAAGGAAAUUGAAACUACUGGCACUAUUACCCACUCAGUCUCUUAAAUCUAUAUUACUGAUUAAUUAUGUGGCCUUAUUCACUUAGCUAUUGCUGAUUGCUAUUAAUAAACCCCAACACUUCAAAAAGGUAGGUUUUUCCAACUCCCUAAGUUAAUGGAAGAGGUAAGUGAGAGGUAGUGUUAAUGUUAACAUUUGUAAUAAGUUGAAGUGGUCUCAUGGUUUUGUAUUAGAGGCUUUAGUUUGCAAAAUUAAUUUUAUAAAAAUUUUACAUGUGCAACGCUCAUUCUGUUUUGUAAGAUGACUUGAUGGCAAGAUUGAGCUUGUCUAAUGUCUGCUCUGUCUCCACAGAGCUCCCUUGUGCAGCUGGACACGGUGUCUGUGCCACCUCCACAGAGCAGCUGAUCAUGCUGUGCUCUGGAGUGGCAAGAGCUCAGAAGACAUUUUCUGGCAUUUGAGUGCCCCUCCUGUUUGAUAGGGGGUGCUUCUUGCCGGAUAUCAGAGCAGGUCAGUGUGAUCGGCGGAUAAGGGGGCAGGAUGGCGGGCAAUAACCAGCUCUGCAUUCGACGCUGGACUACCAAGAACGUGGCCAAGUGGCUGAAGGAAGAAGGCUUCUGUGAAUACGUGGAUCUUUUGUGCAACAGACACAGGCUAGAUGGAAUUACCCUGCUGACACUUACCGAGUAUGACUUGCGAUCCCCUCCUCUGGAAAUCAAAAUCUUGGGGGAUAUCAAGAGGCUGAUGUUGUCCAUCCGCAAGCUGCAGAAGCAGCAUGUCGACGUCCUGGAAGAGCUGGGUUACACCAGUGAUGGCCACGCUGGCACAGUGUGCCCAGCUGGCUCACUACAGGGGGCAGAUUGGUUUUGUAAUGGUGAAGUACCUCGGGACUAUGAUGGACCAAUUACUGACUUGAAUGGUGAUCAGUAUCAAUAUGCAAAUGGAAAAAACAAACAUGCCACACGAAGACUGGACCCAGAGUACUGGAAGACAGUUUUAAGUUGUGUGUAUGUCUUCAUAGUGUUUGGCUUUACAUCAUUUGUCAUGGUGAUAGUACACGAGCGAGUGCCUGACAUGCAAACAUAUCCACCUCUGCCAGACAUAUUUCUAGAUAGCGUCCCUAGGAUACCAUGGGCUUUUGCUAUGACUGAAGUAUGUGGUGUAAUUCUUUGCUACAUUUGGCUCUUGGUUCUUCUGCUUCACAAACACAGAUCUAUACUGCUGCGCAGGCUGUGCAGCCUCAUGGGGACAGUGUUUCUAUUACGCUGCAUUACAAUGUUUGUUACCUCACUCUCGGUGCCAGGACAGCACUUGCAGUGUACUGGAAAGUUGUAUGGCAAUGUUUGGGCAAAACUCCAGCGGGCAUUUGCAAUAUGGAGUGGCUUUGGAAUGACUCUGACUGGAGUGCAUACAUGUGGAGAUUAUAUGUUCAGUGGUCACACUGUUGUCCUGACCAUGCUCAACUUCUUUGUCACAGAAUAUACACCAAGGAGCUGGAACUUCUUGCACACCUUGUCCUGGGUCCUGAAUCUCUUUGGAAUCUUCUUCAUUUUGGCUGCACAUGAACAUUAUUCUAUAGAUGUCUUCAUUGCCUUUUACAUCACAACAAGGCUCUUUUUGUAUUACCAUACAUUGGCUAAUACUAGAGCAUAUCAUCAGAGUAGGAGGGCAAGGAUAUGGUUUCCAAUGUUUUCUUUUUUUGAAUGCAAUGUUAAUGGUACUGUUCCCAAUGAAUAUUGCUGGCCCUUUUCAAAACCUACUAUACUAAAAAGAUUAAUUGGUUGAAGACUGUAUGGGUCAGUUCAGAUUUUUAUGAAGCAUUAUGGCUAAGAUCCUACAAAGCUAGCUACAAGGGGGAAGUCAAGUAACAUUUUUCACUCCAUGAUCUCCUCCUUGCCUUGUUUCUUGGAUUCUUAGCCAUAAAAUGGUCUUUCCUUACUUUACAGGGAAGUGUUUUGUUUUCUCCUUGUGAAAACAGAAAACAAUGCAGGGAUGAGUAAAGGCUAUCAGUGAAGCACGAAUAUAAACCAGAAUACUGUUACCCUUGGUAAGGUUCUGUGUGAAUGUU